AUGGAUGACGGACCACCUGGUGACCUGAGGGCUCCGCCUCGUCGACCCAUGGCCGCACAGCCGGCCGGGCAGUCAAGGCUUCCUCGGGCCAAGCCCGUCCCUGCGAUGGAUUGCAGGAACGGACAAGGCGUUCCCGCUAUUUCGAGGCCUACUCAAGUUCCGCAAUGGCCCUUGCCCGGUCCUCCGAUGGCCUCGAUGGCUUCGAUGAACCAACCCGACCCUGAACCGUAUCGACCACCUCCUGGACGACCGUUGCACGCUCCCCAGCGACCACCGCGCCCCAGCCAGGUCCCUUCUUUGCUCGACCAGUCUCAACUUCAGGAUCCCACCCCCGUCUUCUUGACACCCGAAUCCGACGAAUAUCACUCCUCCGUACCACCCUCACCAUCCUCUCGAAUGACUACUUCCAGCCUGGGGUCGGUCCCCGACUUUCCAACUCCUAACCAGUCGAUGACUGCAGCUCCCUCGCGACGAAGCGCUAACUUAGGACCUCCUCCUUCAUCUCGACGAGGAGCAUCGUCUUUCUAUUCGAAUGCGUCGUAUGUCUCGCCAAUCCCUGAAGAGAGCCUAAACUCGAGGUCCCAUGGAUCCUAUGCUUCGAGCGCCGCCAUGCCUGAGAGCUGGCCAGGUUCCCGAGAGGUCAGCCCGACAUUUUAUGAAGAAACAGAUACCGAUAAGAGCCACCACUCAGAGGAGGAUGACUUUAACGAGUUCAACGACGAGAGCAAACUGGUUCGCAGCGCCAGCAUUGGAAAGAGAGGCAAGCCCUCGAUUGUAAACACCAAGUCAGCCAUCCUCGAUUCCGCCCAUCGACCAGCUCCAUCGCCCGUUCAACCGUUCAAUUCAGGUACCGGGUAUGUCGAUGCUUCAACUAGCUCGUCCAACACGCUUCCCAUGGCGAAACCCUCAGGUCAAAACGCUCCCAAUGAUGUCUUGAGCCCGGAUGCUAUUCUCGGUGCGUACGCUGCUGCAAGCGCAACCAACCUGGCAGAGACUCGUGCUCCGGCUCCGACUCCAUCUCCCCAGCCCUUCAACCGACUGUCAGCUAUUCGACGACCACCUAGGCUUGACAUGGAUGCCGUGAGGAGCAUGGAGGAGAGAGGUAGUAUCACAAGCUUGCCAGACCUGAUCCGACGAGCAACCCGACUCGCCAAUAUGAUGGACCGUGGCAAGAGACCGGCGAGUCGAUUCGAGGAUUUGAGUGAUUAUCUCGAUGAGAAGGCUCAAGUUCGUGGUGGCGACAAGGAGAACUCAGGUUUGUCAGACAUGUUGGCAGCCUUCCCUCCCCCCGCACAGGCGCAAACAGAACGAGGCUCUUGGUUCCGGACAACAUCCUGGCCUCUGGCACCUAGCCGACUGGGCGAAGCGCCUUCACGAUCGGGUCUCCGCGAUAUGACUACCCCGGACGGAGACCAGAAGCGACGCCGGCGAUGCUGUGGCCUACCAGUUUGGGGCUUCGUCCUCGUGAUGAUCCUGCUGUUGGGCAUCAUUGCCGCUGCCGUGCUUGUGCCGCUCGAGUUUUUCGUCUUCAAGAACUUGAGCAACAAGGACAAGCCACAGACAGCACUUGCUCAGUGCCAAGAGUCGCUGACAUGCCGGAAUGGAGGGACCAAUGUCCUCUCGAAGGGUGUCUGCUCGUGCAUCUGCACGAAUGGGUUCACUGGCUCUGACUGCAGCGUCGGGGGCUCGGAUGGCUGUACGACGGCGGAUUUGGGAGGCAACUUCAACAACGUGACGAUCGGAAAGGCCAUCCCCCGUCUUCUUGAGGAUGCAAGUGCCAACUUCUCUAUCCCUCUUAAUGGCACAGUCAUCCUCAACAGCCUCAACGCCGGAAACCUCUCUUGCAUCGCGCAAAACUCACUGGUCACCUUUGAUGGCAGCUCAACACGAGAAGGUAAGGGCUCAUCCAAUGCAUCCAAUGAGAGUGGAUCGGAAGAAAAGCUCGAGCUGGAAAGUGAAAGUCCAGACCUGGCUGUGCGAGCAGAGCCGACAGCCAUCACCAUCUCGGAGGAGGCUCCUACCUUCCUAGUGGUGGAUGAAAGCACACCGACCGUGGUACCGACGACAACAGGAAGCGCGUCGGACCCGGAACAGACGUUGGCAACUGAAUCAGGCAGUGUGGCUAGCCCUACUGCCACCUUUGCGGUGACAGAGGACGUACUUGACUUUGCACGUGUUGCGGUGCUCUAUGUGUUGCAGGAAGAAGACUCGGAGAGUGCUCAAGAGGCACAGUCAGCGAUUGGACGCUUCUUGGCCAGGGCUCACAAGGACUCUGGGGUGGCGACCAAGACUGCCGAGAGCAUCAAGCUCGGAGGAAACAACACGGUAGAUCUUUUGAGAUUCAAGAUCGACCUGGGGUCUGGAGCCAUUGGAGGAAAUGCGAAGCGCGAUGUGGCGGCUCCACAAGCACGCCGGUCAACUCUAGACAGAGCACAUGCACAUGGCUCUCCGCGGCGAGGCGGACCGUUUCGCACGAGACGCUGA